AUGAUCGCCAACUUCCUCAGCGCUACUACUUCCCUUGCCUCCAAGGCAAUCACCGCUACUAUCAGCACCGUCGUCCACUCCGCCGCCUACGCCGCCGAGCUUCUUGACGAAUUUUCUCAAAUCAACACUAACGUGGCCGAAACCGUCACUUCUGUUCUCGAAGUCCCCGGCACCUACGACGCCUUUGACUUUGAGAGCUUUGUUUUCCCCGAUUUUGGGUUCCUCGUGGAAACCUCCCCAAAAUUGCCAAUUCUGGGCUCCUUUCCCACCGACCUUUCCCCUAUCGAUUCCCCAACCGAUGAAAUGCCACUUUCUUCCCGCAGAAGCCCUAGACCUUCUGGCGAAUGGCAAACCAUCGAGGCUCGCAAGAGCCCUAGAAGAGGUUUUUCUUCUUCUCCCGUGAAUUCUGCCCCUCCAGCCGACAUUCUGGAAUUCAGAAGCGUCAGGCAGAAGACUCACGGAAGGUACAGCCAGCCUGUGCCUGAUAUGGAGAGCCGGCUUACCCAGGGGAACAUCUUCCUCGUUCUCCAGGAGUGCUAG